UUCUAUUAACGGGGGAAUUACAAAGAAUUCAUCUCUUCCCCUCUUUUCUAAUUCCCCUAAUUUCACUCUUCAUCAUACACCCACUACUUACCUAAAAAGUUUGUUGGAAGUGAAAGAAACAGACAGAAAUCCUAGAGAGAGAGAGAGAAGGGCGUUUAGGGUUCUUUCACCUUGCUAGAAAUCAAAUCCACCCCACAAGGCAAUUAAAGCUCCUUCCUUGUUUGUAACGCUUACAAUUUGAUCGUUUCACCUUUGCUUGCCGUUGAAUAAAAUCAUAAAUUGUAUUUGUAGCCAGCAUCUUAUUUACUUUACUUCAAUCCCUGAUUCCGUUUUUUACGAGUUUCAUAUCGAUUUCCCCCUUUUAUUUCUUGACCAAGCAAAAAUGUUGUUCAAGAACCUGAGCAAUCUUGGCUCGAGUAUGUGCUUGAUCGGUUCGUCUUCGAUUCUCCGAAGAACUUCAGAUAUUUGUAGUUCUUGAAAUCAAGCAUUGGGUAUCCGUUAGAUGACUAUUAUAGCUCGAUUUUGAUUAGUUUCGCUAAAUUGAUGAUCUUUUCUCAAGGGUAGGUGGGGUUUUUGUGAAUCGUUGUGUUUCUAGAGAUGUAUAUUGAAGAACUUAAAGAGGGCGUUGAUGGCGAUGGGGAUGUGGAGUUUUCUGCUGAAUUUUCCGGCGAAGGUGCGGUGGUGGCUUCAAAUACGAAAAGGGUGUUGGUCGGAGCAGGUGCUCGUGCUCUUUUUUAUCCAACGCUGUUGUAUAAUGUUGUCAGGAACAAGAUUCAGACCGAGUUUCGUUGGUGGGAUAGAGUUGAUCAGUUUAUAUUGUUAGGUGCUGUACCCUUUCCUACUGAUGUUUUGCACCUAAAGGAACUUGGUGUUUGUGGUGUGGUUACUCUUAAUGAAUCAUACGAGACUUUAGUUCCAACAUCAUUGUAUCAUGCUCAUGGAAUUGAUCAUGUGGUGAUUCCAACAAGAGAUUACCUUUUUGCCCCAUCGAAUGUUGAUAUUUCCAAAGCCGUUGAGUUCAUCCAUGAGAAAGCAUCUGUCGGUAAAACUACAUACGUUCAUUGUAAGGCGGGGCGGGGCCGCAGUACAACCGUAGUUCUUUGUUACUUGGUAAAAUACAAGCACAUGACACCCGACACUGCAUACGAAUACGUCAAAUCUAUUCGACCAAGGGUUCGCUUAGCCUCCUCCCAAUGGCAAGCCGUUCAAGAUUACUAUCAAAAAAACAAAAACAUUACAAACGAAUCCGAAUCCAAAUCCAAAUCCGAAUUUGAACCAUUUGAUGAUGCAUCCAUGGUUUUGGUAAAGAAAUCGGAUCUUGAAGGUUACAAAGAGGGGUAUUUUGGUAACAAAAUAUUGGCCGAACUUUGUAGGGCACAAUUUGUUAGUCAUAGUCAGGCGGCCAUGGCUAGGCUUUCGUGCUUGUGGGUUCGAUACCAUGAGCCGUGUUCGUUGAACAUGGUUUCAUGUUGCAGGUUGUGAAAGAUGAGAAAGAGGUGAAGAAGAUGAAGUGUUACGAAUUUGUAAGUGUGUAUAUGGAGAGUGUUGGUGUCUUUGUUAUGUGUAAAGGAAUAAUAAUAUAAGCCAAAUAGGCGAAAGUGUAAGUUAAAAGCCGAAUGAAACAAAUGGCUUGUGUGGGUCAAUAUGUAUGUUGAUUAGUUGGUCUUAAAAUAUAUAUAUCUUCAUGUCUAUUAACAAA